AUGGCGGGGGUGGGAGUGCCCUUCACUGUGGCCCUCCACUUGGUGUCUGUGGCGAACAUGCUGCAGGUACACAGGGCAGGCUGUCUGCCAGUGAGGCUGCGGAGCUGGGACUUCCUGCCUGUCUGGAUGCAUUCCCUUCAACCCCUGGAUACGCUCAUCACCAAGGUGAAGGUGAUCCUGUGCUGCCUUAAAGAGUCUGCACACAUUUGAUUGAAUGGUGUCUCUGCACCACUCUGUGGACAUUUAUAUAUAUAUUUUUAGGGCAGCAUCCUCAGCAUCCCUACUUCCCGCAGCUAUGCGCAAAAUCUGUCAUAGGGUAGAACUUUUUUUCCCUACAAAACCUAAAAAUGUGCCGUUUUCACGUAUGCAGACAAUGGUAUUGUGCUGGAGAAUGAAAAUGAGAAGUGGUGGAGUUGCCCUUUAAUAGAAAAAGACUCAAGUAAAAGUGAAAGUCACCCAGUAAAAUACUACUUGAGUAAAAGUCUAAAUGUAUUUGGUUUUAAAUAUACGUACGUAUCAAAGGUAAAUGUAAUUGCCAAACUAUACUUAAAUAUCAAAAGUAAAAGUAAAUGCUAUAAAUCAUUUAAAAUUACAAAUAUUAAGCAAACCAGAUGGCACGAUUUUCUUGUUUUUUAUUUAUUUAUAGAUAGCCAGGGGCACAUUCCAACACUCACACAUCAUUUACAAACGAAGCAUUUGUGUUUCGUGAUUCCUCCAGAUCAGAGGCAGUAGGGAUGACCACGUGUUCUCUUGACAAGUGCGUGAAUUGGACCAUUAUAAAUAAUAAAGUACAAAUACCCCAAAAACCUACCACUAAAGUACUUCAAAGCAUUUUUACUUAGUUACUUCACACCAAGGGUUCCCAAAUGUUCUUCCUCUGAAAAACAGUGCUGAUAUCAAAAGUAUGUUAAAAGUUUGCUAUCAGUCCUCAUGAGAGGUAGAAAAUGUGUGUCUCUUUGCUGAGAAUGCAGGAUGUCUAAUUGAAUAGAACAAAAAAAAAUUCACUCAGCCAAGUAGAAGGCCUUGAAAAAUGAAUGCAUAUAAAUGGCCGACUAAUUCAUUCAUGCUAUUCAGGAGGUAAUGGGCGCAUCCACUCGCUAAUUAUAUAGCAACGGAGGUCUGAAUAGUUUAUUAAAUCCAUUUGGUGACAUUAUGGCAAGUGAUUUCUGCAGUUUCAAUACAUUUUAGGCUUAACGUCUCCUCGCUUCUCAAUGAACAAUCUGAACUUUUAAAUAUCAGCCCCAACCACAUGCCAAUUCUAGACAGUUAAUAUUUGAUGAUUUGAUUAUUUUGUUCAAAAUCCCAAUUGUCUUACAUACACUGAGUGUACAAAACAUUAGGAACACCUUUCUAAUUUUGAGUUGCACCCCCUUUUGCCCACAGAACAGCUUCAACUCGUUGGGGCAUGGACACUACAAGGUGUCGAAAGUGUUCCACAGGGAUGCUGGCCCAUGCUGACUCCAAUGCUUCCCACAGUUGUGACAAGUUGGCUGGAUGUCCUUUAGGUGGUGGACCAUUCUUGAUACACACAGAAACUGUUGAGAGUGAAAAACCCAGCAGCGUUGCAGUUCUUACAUUUUAGUCAUUUUAGCAGACUUAUCCAGAGCGACUUACAGUUAGUGAGUGCAUACAUUUUCAUACUAGCCCCCCGUGGGAAACGAACCCACAACCCUGGCGUUGCAAGCGCCAUGUUCUACCAACUGAGCUACAGGGGACUCAAACUGGUGUGCCUGGCACAUACUACCAUACCCCGAUCAAAGGCACUUAAAUGUUUUGUCUUGUCCAUUCACCCUCUGAAUGGCACACAUACACAAUCCAUGUCUCAAUUGUCUCAAGGCUUAAAAUUCCUUCUUUAACCUGUCUCCUCCCCUUCAUCUACACUGUUUGAGAUGGAUUUAACAGGUGACAUAGCUUUCACCUGGAUUCACCUGGUUAGUCUAUGUCAUGGAAAGAGAAGGUGUUCCUAAUUUUUUCAGUCUGCAGGUAGGAUGUUUCAUAUAAUCCAUGAUAGACAAAGAUUAUAGGACCAUCGUCAACUCUAGCUAGCUAGCUAAGCUAACUACACUGAACAAAAAUGUAAAGUGUUGGUCCCAUGUUUCAUGAGCUGAAACAAAAGAUCCCAGACAUUUUCUAUAUGGACAAAAAGCUUAUUUCUCUCACAUUCUUUGCACAAAUUUGUUUAUAUCCCUGUUAGUGAGCAUUUCUAAUUUUCCAAGAUAAUCCAUCAAGAAGCUGAUUAAACAGCAUGAUAAUUACACAGGUGCACCUUGUGCUGGGGACAAUAAAACGCCACUCUAAAAUAUGCAGUUUUGUCACACAACACAAUGCCACAGUUUUGAGGGAGCGUGCAAUCGGCAUGCUGACUUCAGGAAUGUCCACUAGGGCUGUUGCCAGAUAAUUUAAUAUUCAUUUCUCUACCAUAAGCCUCCUCCAAUAGGCAGUACGUCCAACCUGCCUCACAACCGCAGACCGCAUGAAACCACGCCAGUCGCGGACCUUCACAUCCGGCUUCUUCACCUGCGGGAUCGUCUGAGACCAGCCACCCGGACAGCUGAUGAAACUGUGGGUUUGCACAACCAAAUAAUUUCUGCAAAAACUGUCACAAACCGUCUCAGGGAAGCUCAUCUGCGUGCUCGUCGUCCUCACUAGGGUCUUGACCUGACUGCAGUUUGGCGUCGUGACCGACUUCAGUAGGCAAAUGCUCACCUUCAAUGGCCACUGGCACGCUGGAGAAGUGUGCUCUUCAUGGAUGAAUCCUGGUUUCAACUGUACCAGGCAGAUGGCAGACAUCGUGUAUGGCGUUGUGUGGGUGAGCGGUUUGCUGAUGUCAACGUUGUUAACAGAGUGUCCCAUGGUGGCGGUGAGGUUAUGGUAUGGGCAGGCAUAAGCUAUGGACACAAUUGCAUUUUAUCUAUGGCAAUUUCAAUGCACAGAGGUACCCUGACGAGAUCCUGAGGCCUUUUGUCGUGCCAUUCAUCCGCCGCCAUCACCUCAUGUUUCAGCAUGAUAAUGCAUGGCCCAAUGUUGCAAGGAUCUGUACACAAUUUCGGUAAGUUGAAAAUGUCCCAGUUCUUCCAUGGCCUGCAUACUCACCAGGCAUGUCACCCAUUGAGCAUGUUUGGGAUGACCUGGGUCGACGUGUACGACAGCGUGUUCCAGUUCCCGCCAAUAUCCAGCAACUUCGCACAGCUAUUGUAGAGGAGCGUGACAACAUUCCACAGUCCACAAUCAACAGCCUGAUCAACUCUAUGCGAAGGAGAUGUGUCACGCAGGCAAAAUAAAUCGUGGUCACACCAAACUGUCACAUAUCUCUUGUCAAGGCGCAUGUCUUGAAGCUGGAAGAUGUAUCUGUGAUGAGGUGGUGUUGAAGGAGUCAGGCGCAGGAGGGUAAAUCACAGAAUAACAGGCUUUAAUCAGCAAAAUACAGGUUUAUGCAGAAAUGCGCCAAACACACUCCAGGGCACAAAACAGGCGCACUGGAAAAUACAAGGCACACGGGAAAUACUCCCAUCGAUACAAAAUACACGAGCUCCACUGAGCUUCACUAACCUCCACAAUAAACAAUAACCCACACAGACAAGGAAGCAGAGGGAACACUUAUACAGUGGGGAGAACAAGUAUUUGAUACACUGCCGAUUUUGCAGGUUUUCCUACUUACAAAGCAUGUAGAGGUCUGUAAUUUUUAUCAUAGGUACACUUCAACUGUGAGAGACAGAAUCAAAAAAAUCCAGAAAAUCAUUGAUUUUUAAGUAAUUAAUUUGCUUUUUAUUGCAUGACUUAAGUAUUUGAUACAUCAGAAAAGUAGAACUUAAUAUUUGGUACAGAAACCUUUGUUUGCAAUUACAGAGAUCAUACGUUUCCUGUAGGUCUUGACCAGGUUUGCACACACUGCAGCAGGGAUUUUGGCCCACUCCUCCAUACAGACCUUCUCCAGAUCCUUCAGGUUUCGGGGCUGUCGCUGGGCAAUACGGACUUUCAGCUCCCUCCAAAGAUGUUCUAUUUGGUUCAGGUCUGGAGACUGGCUAGGCCACUCCAGGACCUUGAGUUGCUUCUUACGGAGCCACUCCUUAGUUGCCCUGGCUGUGUGUUUUGGGUCGUUGUCAUGCUGGAAGACCCAGCCAUGACCCAUCUUCAAUGCUCUUACUGAGGGAAGGAGGUUGUUGGCCAAGAUCUCGCGAUACAUGGCCCCUUCCAUCCUCCCCUCAAUACGGUGCAGUCGUCCUGUCCCCUUUGCAGAAAAGCAUCCCCAAAGAAUGAUUUUUCCACCUCCAUGCUUCACGGUUGGGAUUUUGUUCUUGGGGUUGUACUCAUCCUUCUUCUUCCUCCAAACACGGCGAGUGGAGUUUAGACCAAAAAGCUCUAUUUUUGUCUCAUCAGACCACAUGACCUUCUCCCAUUCCUCCUCUGGAUCAUCCAGAUGGUCAUUGGCAAACUUCAGACGGGCCUGGACAUGCGCUGGCUUGAGCAGGGGGACCUUGCGUGCGCUGCAGGAUUUUAAUCCAUGACGGCGUAGUGUGUUACUAAUGGUUUUCUUUGAGACUGUGGUCCCAGCUCUCUUCAGGUCAUUGACCAGGUCCUGCCGUGUAGUUCUGGGCUGAUCCCUCACCUUCCUCAUGAUCAUUGAUGCCCCACGAGGUGAGAUCUUGCAUGGAGCCCCAGACCGAGGGUGAUUGACCGUCAUCUUGAACUUCUUCCAUUUUCUAAUAAUUGCGCCAACAGUUCUUGCCUUCUCACCAAGCUGCUUGCCUAUUGUCCUGUAGCCCAUCCUUGCCUUGUGCAGGUCUACAAUUUUAACCCUGAUGUCCUUACACAGCGCUCUGGUCUUGGCCAUUGUGGAGAGGUUGGAGUCUGUUUGAUUGAGUGUGUGGACAGGUGUCUUUUAUACAGGUAACGAGUUCAAACAGGUGCAGUUAAUACAGGUAAUGAGUGGAGAACAGGAGGGCUUCUUAAAGAAAAACGAACAGGUCUGUGAGAGCCGGAAUUCUUACUGGUUGGUAGGUGAUCAAAUACUUAUGUCAUGCAAUAAAAUGCAAAUUAAUUAUUUAAAAAUCAUACAAUGUGAUUUUCUGGAUUUUUGUUUUAGAUUCCGUCUCUCACAGUUGAAGUGUACCUAUGAUAAAAAUUACAGACCUCUACAUGCUUUGUAAGUAGAAAAACCUGCAAAAUCGGCAGUGUAUCAAAUACUUGUUCUCCCCACUGUACAAUGACUAAUGAGGGAAUAAGGACCAGGUGUGUGUGAUUGAAGACAAGACAAAUGGAGUGAUGAUAAAUGGAUCGGCAGUAGCUAGUAAGCCGGUGAUGCCGAAUGCCGAAACCUGCCCGAACAAGGAGGGGAGGCAGCCUCGGCGGAAGACGUGACAGUACCCCCCCUUGACACGCGGCUCCAGCCGGAGCAGGGCGAGCAGGAUGGCGACGGUGGAAAUCCCGUAACAUGGAGGGAUCGAGGAUAUCCCUCACCGGGACCCAGCACCGUUCCUCCGGACCGUACCCCUCCCACUCCACGAGGUACUGAAGGCCCCCCACCCGACGCCUCGAAUCCAGGAUGGAACGGAGAGAGUACGCCAGGGCCCUCUUGAUGUCCAGAGGAGGUGAAGGGACCUCCCGCACCUCAGACUCCUGGAGCGGACCAGCUACCUCCGGCCUGAGGAGAGACACAUGAAACGAGGGGUUAAUACGGUAAUCAGGGGGAAGUAAUAACCACCUAUAAGUGACCUCGUUGACUCUUCUCAGGACUUUGAAAGGCCCCACAAACCGCAGGCUCAGCUUCCGGCAGGGCAGGCGGAGGGGCAGAUUCCGGGUCGAGAACCAGACCCGAUCCCCCGGUACAAAGACGGGGGCCUCACUGCGGUGGCGGUCAGCGUUGGCCUUCUGACGACGCACUGCGCGUUGGAGGUGAACGUGGGCAGCAUCCCACGUCUCCACCGCGCACCAAAACCAGUCAUCCACCGCAGGAUACUCGGUCUGGCUCUGGUGCCACGGUGCAAGAACCGGUUGGUAACCUAGAACACACUGGAAAGGCGUUAGGUUAGUGGAGGAGUGGCGGAGAGAGUUCUGGGCAUAUUCUUCCCAUGGCAAGAACACCGACCACCCCCCCGGCCGGUCCUGGCAGUAGGACCGCAGGAACCUACCCACGUCCUUAUUUACCUGUUCCACCUGCCCAUUACUCUCGGGGUGGAACCCAGAGGUCAGGCUGACCGAGACCCCCAGACGUUCCAUGAACGCCUUCCAGACCUUGGACGUGAACUGGGGACCUCGGUCAGACACUAUAUCCUCUGGUACCCCGUAAUGCCGGAAGACGUGUGUAAACAGGGUCUCUGCAGUUUGCAGAGCCGUGGGGAGACCGGACAGAGGAAGGAGGCGGCAGGCUUUAGAAAAGCGGUCCACAACGACCAGGAUAGUGGUGUUACCAUGAGAGAGGGGAAGAUCAGUUAGAAAAUCAACACUUAGGUGAGACCAUAGUUGUUGUGGAACUGGUAAAGGUUGUAACUUACCAGCUGGGAGGUGCCUAGGUGCCUUACUCUGGGCGCACACUGAGCAUGAGGAAACGUACACCCUCACAUCCUUAGCCAAGGUAGGCCACCAGUAUUUUCCGGUCAGGCAGCGCACAGUACGGCCGAUACCUGGGUGACCAGAGGAGGGUGACGUGUGUGCCCAGUAGAUCAGACGAUCACGGAUAAGAGCAGGCACGUACUGUAGCCAUUUGGACACAGAGGUGGAGAGGGAUCCGUGCGUAAUGCCUGCUCUAUAUCCGCGUCCAUCGCCCAUACUACCGGCGCCACCAUGCAGGAGGCCGGCAGUAUGGGGGUGUUGUCGCUGGGCCUCUCCUCUGUGUUAUACAGCCGGGACAGUGCGUCUGCCUUAACGUUCUUUGUACCCGGGAUGUAUGAUAGAGUGAAAUCAAACUUGGUGAAGAAUAGGGCCCACCUGGCCUGGCGAGGAUUCAGCCUCCUCGCUGCCCGGAUGUACUCCAGGUUACGGUGGUCCGUCCAGACGAGGAAAGGGUGUUUUGCCCCCUCGAGCCAAUAUCUCCACACGGUCAAAGGCUCAGACAACAGCCAACAGCUCCCGAUCACCAACGCCGUAGUUCUGCUCCGCCGGGCUGAGCUUCUUCGAGAAGAACGCACAGGGGUGGAGCUUGGGUGGCGUACCCAACCGUUGAGACAGGACAGCUCCUAUCCCAACCUCGGACGCAUCCACCUCCACUACGAACGGUAGUGAUAAAUCAGGGUGGGCCAGUACAGACCCCGCAGUUUGCUGAAGGCCAGGUCAGCCUCAGCAGACCAGCGGAGCCGGGAUGGCCCACCCUUCAACAGGGAGGUAAUGGGAGCUGCGACCUUGCCAAAGCCCUGGAUAAACCUCCGAUAGCAGUUGGCAAAGCCAAGGAAGCGCUGCACCUCCUUAACUGUGGUUGAAGUCGGCCAAUUACGUACGGCUGAAAUUUGAUCCCCCUCCAUCUCCACACCUGAGGUGGAAAUGCGGUAUCGAAGGAAGGAGACAAACUUCUGGAAAAACAUACACUUCUCUGCCUUAGCAUAAAGGUCAUUUUCCAACAGUCGGGCCAGCACCUUGCGAACCAGGGACACAUGCUCGGCGUGCAUAGCGGAAUACACCAGGAUGUCAUCGAUAUAGACCACUACACCGCGACCAAGCAUGUCCCGAAACACCUCGUUCACAAAGGACUGGAAAACUGAGGGAGCAUUCAUCAAAACAUAGGGCAUCACCAGGUAUUCAUAACGUGGUUGUGCUGAAUGCUGUCUUCCACUCAUCUCCCUCUCGGAUACGCACCAGGUUGUACGCACUCCUGAGAUCUAAUUUGGUGAAGAAGCGCGCCCCAUGCAUUGAUUCAAUCACUGAAGGAAUGAGGGGGAGAGGAUACCUAAAUCUUAUCGUCUCCCUGUUCAGUGGUCGAUAAUCAAUGCACGGGCGCAGACCUCCGUCCUUCUUCUUCACAAAGAAGAAACCCAAGGAGGCGGGUGAAGUGGAGGGAUGUAUAUACCCCUGGCGCAGGGACUCGGUGACAUAUGUUUCCAUAGCCACCGUUUCAGCCUGUGACAGGGGGUAUAUACAGUGGGGGAAAAAAGUAUUUAGUCAGCCACCAAUUGUGCAAGUUCUCCCACUUAAAAAGAUGAGAGAGGCCUGUAAUUUUCAUCAUAGGUACACGUCAACUAUGACAGACAAAAUGAGAUUUUUUUUUCCAGAAAAUCACAUUGUAGGAUUUUUUUAUGAAUUUCUUUGCAAAUUAUGGUGGAAAAUAAGUAUUUGGUCAAUAACAAAAGUUUCUCAAUACUUUGUUAUAUACCCUUUGUUGGCAAUGACACAGGUCAAACGUUUUCUGUAAGUCUUCACAAGGUUUUCACACACUGUUGCUGGUAUUUUGGCCCAUUCCUCCAUGCAGAUCUCCUCUAGAGCAGUGAUGUUUUGGGGCUGUCGCUGGGCAACACGGACUUUCAACUCCCUCCAAAGAUUUUCUAUGGGGUUGAGAUCUGGAGACUGGCUAGGCCACUCCAGGACCUUGAAAUGCUUCUUAAGAAGCCACUCCUUCGUGUGUUUGGGAUCAUUGUCAUGCUGAAAGACCCAGCCACGUUUAAUCUUCAAUGCCCUUGCUGAUGGAAGGAGGUUUUCACUCAAAAUCUCACGAUACAUGGCCCCAUUCAUUUUUUCCUUUACACGGAUCAGUCGUCCUGGUCCCUUUGCAGAAAAACAGCCCCAAAGCAUGAUGUUUCCACCCCCAUGCUUCACAGUAGGUAUGGUGUUCUUUGGAUGCAACUCAGCAUUCUUUGUCCUCCAAACACGACGAGUUGAGUUUUUACCAAAAAGUUCUAUUUUGGUUUCAUCUGACCAUAUGACAUUCUCCCAAUCCUCUUCUGGAUCAUCCAAAUGCACUCUAGCAAACUUCAGACGGGCCUGGACAUGUACUGGCUUAAGCAGGGGGACACGUCUGGCACUGCAGGAUUUGGGUCCCUGGCGGCGUAGUGUGUUACUGAUGGUAGGCUUUGUUACUUUGGUCCCAGCUCUCUGCAGGUCAUUCACUAGGUCCCCCCGUGUGGUUCUGGGAUUUUUGCUCACCGUUCUUGUGAUCAUUUUGACCCCACGGGGUGAGAUCUUGCGUGGAGCCCCAGAUCGAGGGAGAUUAUCAGUGUUUAUGUCUUCCAUUUCCUAAUAAUUGCUCCCACAGUUGAUUUCUUCAAACCAAGCUGCUUACCUAUUGCAGAUUCAGUCUUCCCAGCCUGGUGCAGGUCUACAAUUUUGUUUCUGGUGUCCUUUGACAGCUCUUUGGUCUUGGCCAUAGUGGAGUUUGGAGUGUGACUGUUUGAGGUUGUGGACAGGUGUCUUUUAUACUGAUAACAAGUUCAAACAGGUGCCAUUAAUACAGGUAACGAGUGGAGGACAGAGGAGCCUCUUAAAGAAGAAGUUACAGGUCUGUGAGAGCCAGAAAUCUUGCUUGUUUGUAGGUGACCAAAUACUUAUUUUCCACCAUAAUUUGCAAAUAAAUUCAUAAAAAAUCCUACAAUGUGAUUUUCUGGAAAAAAAAUUCUCAAUUUGUCUGUCAUAGUUGACGUGUACCUAUGAUGACAAUUACAGGCCUCUCUCAUCUUUUUAAGUGGGAGAACUUGCACAAUUGGUUGCUGACUAAAUAAUUCCCCCCCCCACUGUAUGACUCCUGGGAGGUACAACGUCUACCCAGAGGUUUAUCGCGCAAUCCCCCGCCCGAUGAGGUGGUAAUUUAGUUGCCUGCGUUUUAGAGAACGCUUGCACCAGAUUGAGGUAUUCAGAGGGAAUGCGCACGGUGGAGGUACUGUCUGGACUUUCCACCGUGGUUGCACCAACGGAAACACCUAGACACCUACCCUGACACUCUCACGACCACCCUGUGAAAACCCUCUGCGGCCAUGAGUAGGUGGGGUUGUGGAGUGCUAACCAAGGGAUACCACAGGGAAAGCAGGAGACUCAAUAAUGGAAAAAGUAACCUGCUCACAAUGAGUCUCCUGGGUAAUCAUGGUGACUGGUGCAGUAACUUCCUUAACCAACCCGGAUCCUAAUGGUCGAUUAUCAAGUGCUCUGAUGGGGCGUGGAAUGGAUAGGGGAAUCAAUGGAAUGCCUAUACGGUGUGCGAAUGCCCAGUCCAUAAAGUUCCCAGCUGCGCCUGAAUCGACUAGCGCCUUACACUGGGGAACUACCAUGUGCUCAGGAAAGGAGAUGUGUAUUUUACAGUGCACAGCAGAGGGCUCUGAACGAGUGUGGGUGUUCGAUACCUGGGGUGAUGCAUUUUUACAUUACAUUUUAAUCAUUUAGCAGACGCUUUUAUCCAGAGCGACUUACAGUUAGUGAGUGCAUACAUUAUUAUAUAUUUUUUUUUUUUUUCAUACUGGCCCCCCGUGGGAAUCGAACCCACAACCCUGGCGUUGCAAACGCCAUGCUCUACCAACUGAGCUACAUCCCUGCUGGCCAUUCCCUCCCCUGUGCAGACCUCCUCCAGGACGUCCUCUGGUUGCCAGCAGGUUGUCCUAACGAAUGGCCAUGUCCACCAGUUGCGAGAAGGACAACAUGGUGUCACGGCAGGCUAGCUCCCGUCGGACAUCCUCUCGCAGAUGGCACCGGAAAUGGUCGAUCAGGGCCCGCUCGUUCCACCCGGACCCAGCUGCCAGAGUUCGAAACUCCAAUGCGAAGUCCUGCGCAGUCCUCGUCCCCUGCCUCAGGUGGACCAGCCGCUCGCCGCUAGUUCUCCAACGUGGCUCCUCCUUCGUUCCAUACCGCGUUGGCCCACUCCAGGGCUUUCCCCGAGAGGCAGGAGACGAGGGAGAUCAUCUUCUCCCGCUCCGAUGGGACCGGCUGGAUGCAGGAGAAGUAGAGCUCCAGUUGGAGAAGGAAUCCUUGGCACAGUGCCGCUGUCCCGUCAAACUCCCGUGGUCGGAAUAUCUGGAUCCCUCCGGGUGCUGGGGUGUGGGUGGCGGGAUCCGGUUGGCCAGCUGGUCUCAACGGAUCUGGCUCUCUCCUUUCCAGGCAUUGGACGACCUAAAGAUCCAUCGCUUCCCCCAAGCUGGCUAGCAUAGUUGAAUGCUCCUGGACCCGUUCCACGACUCCAGGCAUGCGCGUCUCUCCCGCUGACUCCAUAUCGGGUGGGUGAUUCUGUGAUGAGGUGGUGUUGAAGGAGUCAGGCGCAGGAGGGUAAAUCACAGAAUAACAGGCUUUAAUCCGCAAAAUACAGGUUCACGCAGAAAUGCGUCAAACACACUCCAGGGCACCAAACAGGCACACUGGAAAAUACAAGGCACACGGGAAAUACUCCCGUCGAUACAAAAUACACAAGCUUCACCGAGCUUUACUAACCUCCACAAUAAACAAUCACCCACACAGACAAUGAAGCAGAGGGAAUGCUUAUACAAUGACUAAUGAGGGAAUAAGGACCAGGUGUGUGUGAUUGAAGACAAGACAAAUGGAGUGAUGAUAAAUGGAUCGGCAGUAGCUAGUAAGCCGGUGACGCCGAAACCUGCCCGAACAAGGAGGGGAAGCGGCCUCGACGGAAGUCGUGACAGUAUCAGUGUUGUAGCUGAAAAAGACAUGGCUGAAGGACUAGCAUCUGAAGCGUUGAAUUAUAGCGAGCUGCAGAUUAAGGAAUCAAAACACCUGCCUUCUCUCCUCAUCAGCCCAGGGUUGCAUACCUGUCCUGUCUGGAUGACAUCCCCAUGACACCCCAAUCACCACCAUCACAGAAGAGGAGGAGAAGAUGGGACCUGGAGUCAACG